GGCGCUUCAGUCAAGGGGCAGCCAAACGAGGGCUGGGAAGGCGGGCGCCUCUCCCGACUGCAGCAGGUCGCCUGUUCCCCUGUCACCUUGGACCUGUUCGCCUGCCCCUCCUCUUUCUUUACCCGCAAUGGGCUGGCCGCGAGAUGGGCUGUUGUAAAAUCCAUGUGGGGAGAGACGCGAGACGGAGGCAAUGAUUUGAAAGAUCUUCCAUCUGGCGAAGUCAUUUUAAGAAGUUUGUUAGUCUUCUGGCAAAAUGCUGUGAAACUGCUUGCCAGCGGUAGCAAGUGGAACUAGAGGUUAAAUAUCCCACUUAAGUGUGAUUAAUUUCUUAUUAAGUAGUACCUCACAUUAAAAUAAAAAUGUAUGGAAGUGCAAGAACAAUCACUAACUUGGAUGGCAGUCCUGCCAGAUCUCCUCGUUUGCCAAGAUCUCCUCGUUUGGGCCACAGGCGAACAAGUAGUGGAGGAGGUGGGGGAACAGGUAAGACCUUAUCGAUGGAGAACAUCCAGUCACUUAAUGCUGCCUAUGCAACAUCUGGACCAAUGUACCUGAGUGAUCAUGAAGGCGUGGCAGCAACUACUUUUCCAAAGGGCACAAUGACUCUCGGAAGGGCUACAAAUCGCGCUGUGUAUGGUGGUCGUGUUACAGCCAUGGGGAGCAGUCCUAAUAUUGCUUCUGCUGGUCUUUCCCAUUCGGAUCUCCUUUCUUACACUGAUCAGCAUGGGGGGUUGACAACAUCUUCACAUCAUCACCAUCAUCAACUCCCUUCUAUGCUGAGACAAGUAAGGGAUAGCACCAUGCUUGAUCUACAAGCUCAGCUUAAGGACAUGCACAGAGAGAAUGAUCUUCUAAGGAAGGAACUGGACAUCAAGGACAGCAAGCUUGGCUCUUCGAUGAACAGCAUCAAGACCUUCUGGAGUCCUGAGCUCAAAAAAGAAAGAGUCUUGAGGAAAGAAGAAGCAGCCAGAAUGUCUGUUUUGAAAGAGCAGAUGAGGGUUUCUCAUGAGGAGAACCAGUUAUUGGAUGCCAGGAGAACAAAGCAUCUUCAGUUAACUAUUCAGGCACUCCAAGAUGAGCUUCGAACCCAGAGAGACCUUAAUCAUCUCCUCCAACAAGAAAGUGGAAAUCGAGGUGCUGAACAUUUUACUAUUGAGCUUACAGAGGAGAAUUUUCGACGACUUCAGGCUGAACAUGACAGGCAGGCAAAAGAGUUGUUUCUUUUGAGAAAAACUCUGGAAGAAAUGGAGCUGAGAAUUGAAACCCAGAAACAGACACUAAAUGCCAGAGAUGAAUCCAUCAAAAAGCUGUUAGAAAUGUUGCAGAGUAAAGGUUUGCCAUCCAAAGGAAUGGAUGAUGACAAUGAAAGAACUCGAAGGAUGGCAGAAGCUGAAUCUCAGGUUAAUCAUUUAGAAGUGAUUUUAGACCAGAAAGAGAAGGAAAACAUACAUCUUAGAGAGGAAUUGCACAGAAGAACCCAACUUCAGCCUGAACCAGCUAAAACGAAAGCUCUUCAGACUGUCAUAGAAAUGAAGAAAGAACCAUCUGUAUGUAUAGAUCCAGCUAUAAUAUUUCAGGACACAAAAAUAGCUUCACUGGAACGUAAUAUAAGAGACCUCGAAGAUGAAAUACAGAUGCUGAAGACAAAUGGAAUCCUGAACACAGAAGACCGAGAAGAAGAAAUCAAACAAAUAGAAGUUUACAAGAGUCACUCGAAGUUCAUGAAAAAUAAGAUUGACCAGCUGAAGCAGGAGCUUUCAAAGAAAGAGUCAGAACUUCUUGCCUUACAAACUAAGCUUGAAACCCUUAGCAAUCAGAAUUCAGAUUGCAAGCAACACAUUGAAGUGCUUAAAGAGUCGCUUACUGCCAAAGAACAGAGAGCUGCCAUACUUCAGACAGAGGUUGAUGCCUUGAGAUUACGUUUAGAAGAGAAAGAAAGUUUCCUUAAUAAAAAAACCAAACAACUGCAAGACCUCACAGAAGAAAAGGGAACUUUGGCUGGAGAAAUUCGCGAUAUGAAAGACAUGUUAGAAGUCAAAGAAAGAAAAAUUAAUGUUCUUCAAAAAAAGAUUGAAAAUCUUCAGGAACAACUUAGGGAUAAAGACAAGCAGCUGACCAACCUGAAAGAUAGAGUAAAAUCAUUGCAGACCGAUUCCAGUAAUACUGACACUGCUCUAGCAACGUUGGAGGAAGCUCUGUCAGAAAAGGAGAGAAUUAUAGAGCGAUUAAAGGAGCAGAGGGAGAGAGAUGACCGUGAAAGGCUUGAAGAAAUUGAAUCCUUUAAAAAAGAAAACAAAGAUCUGAAGGAAAAAGUUAAUGCUUUACAAGCAGAGUUGACAGAAAAAGAGUCCAGCUUAAUUGAUCUGAAAGAGCAUGCAUCAUCACUGGCUUCAGCAGGGCUGAAAAGAGAUUCCAAAUUAAAGUCUUUAGAAAUAGCCAUAGAGCAAAAGAAGGAGGAAUGCAGUAAGCUGGAAGCACAACUGAAAAAGCAAGCUGAACAGUUGUUCAAUCAGAUGUACAAUCCAAUGCCAAUUAGGAAUAAUGGGAAACAAGGGGCUCAUGAAGCUGAGGAGGAAGCACGGAUGAACCCUGAAUUUGCUGACAGAAUGAAGCAGCUUGACAAAGAAGCAGCCUAUUACAGGGAUGAAUGUGGCAAAGCUCAAGCUGAAGUUGACAGACUUCUAGAAAUCCUUAAGGAAGUAGAGAAUGAAAAAAAUGACAAAGAUAAGAAAAUUGCUGAACUAGAAAGCUUGACUUCCAGACAUAUGAAAGAUCAAAACAAGAAGGUGGCCAACCUGAAGCACAAUCAACAAAUAGAAAAGAAGAAGAAUGCUCAGUUGCUAGAAGAAGUUCGUAGGCGUGAAGACAAUAUGACAGAUAAUUCUCAGCAUUUACAGUUAGAAGAACUAAGGAAUGCACUGGAUAAGACCAGACAAGAACUGGAUGCCACCAAAGCACGCCUUGGCUCAACUCAGCAGUCUCUGGCUGAGAAAGAAGCACAUCUGGCCAAUUUAAGAAUAGAACGAAGGAAACAGCUAGAAGAGAUACUGGAAAUGAAGCAGGAAGCAUUACUUGCUGCCAUCAGCGAAAAAGAUGCAAAUAUUGCCUUGCUUGAACUGUCGGCUUCAAAGAAAAAGAAAACUCAAGAAGAAGUGAUGGCUUUGAAAAGAGAAAAAGACAGAUUAGUCCACCAGUUAAAACAGCAGUCCUUAAGCCAAGCCUGCCUUGUGACUACUGAAGGAAAGGUCUAUAGAAAUAGGAAACAGCCCCAGAGCAUGAACAUGUCAUCCAUUUGUGAUGCUGACUUCAUGACAGACACUGGUGCCAAGUACCUGGGUUCCCGACAUGAUGCACACAUGAUUCAGACACAAAAUAGGAUGAAACUGAUGGCAGACAACUAUGAUGAUGAUCAUCACCACUACCACCACCACCACCACCAUCACCACCACAGAUCUCCUGGGAGGACACAGCACCCCAAUCACAGACCUUCUCCAGAACAGGAUGAUGAGGAGGGUAUAUGGGCAUAGCCAGUUCAUAUAAACCAAAGUUCCAGUUUUGUUUUGAGGGAUGAUCCAGUCACUGUUGGAGGCACAUUGCCACGGGAAAAUCUCAUACUGUACAUUGAUCACCUGUCCAACCUUUGCCUAGAGUGCGAUCCCCAGUUCCUUCAAGAGAUCCAACUUUACCUGUCUACAAAGAAGAAGAGGAGGGAGACAUCUGGGAUAACCAAGCAUCAGAGCAUUAACACCACAGCAGUUAUCAGAGGAGCUAGCAAAAGAAGCAGGGGAAAUGCAGCACUGUAAGAUGAUGGAGAAGAGGAAGAUGAGGAUAUUCACUCCAAUGGAACUCUGAUUGCAGUUACCAUGCUUCGAACACAGUCCCAGAAAGAUCACAGAAAUGAAUGGGACGUGUGAAUUUUGCCAUCACAUAAUAUGCUGCAUGAAUGGAUGUCUUCUCCAUUAUUUCUCGUCAUCUAUUACAAAGUCAGAUACUUUGGAAAAUAAAGAAGGGGACUCAACUGGAAAUUAUAAGACCUUCAUUUCCUUUAAUGGGUCAUAUUAACUGUUCCUUUUAUUUUAACAUUUUCCAUUUGUUCUUAAAAUUCCUAAUGAAGUUCAUAGGAUCUUUAAUUUGAUAGAUUCAUAUUAAUUUUUUGUAUGUAAUUCAGGUUCUGUUAGCUGCAAUAUCAUCAUCUGCUGAUUCUAGCUAGUUACUUCUGAAGGGUUAAUUCUUCAAGCAGAAGAUUAUUACAGGUACUAGCAAGCUUAAUGGUGUCAGCAUUAACUGUACCCCCGUAAUGUGGGUUUUUCAGGGUAAUAAAAACUUAGCCUUUGCCCUCCUCUGUUUCUUAUCUUUACUGUUCAUCAAACCAAUCACAUUUUGAAAGCAUAACCAAUAUUAAGCUCUGGGCCAGGUUGGAAAUGAAAUCAAUUUUGGUACUAAUAAUUGUUGGCAUAUGAAAAUUUGGUGUGUGUCUCUGACAAUGCAUGGGGCAUCUAGAUUGAUUAUACAUUAUUUAUAUGCAGUGGUCGAUAUCUGUCUGGAUGAUAAAAGCUUGAAAAAGCAUGUGUACGUGUGCACAUAUACAUAUACCUAAGCAUCUGUAAGGAUGUGUCAAGCUUUUAUCAUCUAAAUGCACACUGGUAUUUAAUAAGCUGGGACUCUUACUUUUUAAAAAUAAAAUAAGAAUGUUGUGAUCUUUCAAUAUAUGCAUUGGGUCUCCUUUAAUGGAAGGGACCACUCGUCGUUUUCUGAACAGGGAAACAAAACCUACCGUGGUUUGUAAUGUAUUUUAGAUGUUAGACAAAAAUAAAAAUCAGUGAAUGAUGAGAUAAUUUUUUUAAUUAUCUGUAUCAACAUGAACUUUUGAACAAGAUAAAUAUGUUAAAGCACAUGCCAGGGUGAAAUGUCAGAAAAAAAUAACUGCAGGUGUAUUUGUGGUGACAGAAUAUUAUUGAUAAUGAAACUUCUGCUACUUCCCCAAAGUAAAGGUCUUUACUCCUCAGUGAGCAUUUCCAUUAGAUCUGGUAUAUUUAUGCAUACAAGAGUUCAGUUUUUUUACCGGCACUUGUCUUUGUCAAUAGGAAAAACACUUCCAGACUAACAAAAGUGGACAUUGUCUACCUGCAGUUCUAAGAGACAAAUGAUAUGUGUGCCACAGGAAGCACUCCUGUUGUGAAACGUCAUUAGAAUGAGGUGUGUGUAGACCUUUGUUAAAAUGUAUGGAGGUUUCAUUGCAGCCACUGCUGGUGAAUUGACUUCCCUGCAAAAUUAAACAUGUGUGGCCUUAAUUCUUAGUAAUGUUUUGUUUCCUCGCUGCUGUAGAAAAGAAAAAGGAUUCUAAGCAGGACGUUCCUAAAAUCUUGCACUGAAUUUAGAAAAAAUGUUGUCAUUAUUUUUUGGUGCAAUUAACCCUGACCAUCUUUAUGAGCCAUACAUAUUGCUCCCUGGAAAUUAUUAUUUGUCUGGAAUGCGCCAUAAUUCUUGAUAAAAUUGAAGAGCCACAUAAUGCAAGCAGAAUGCUGGACGUUAAUUAGAUUCAGUAAAUAGAAUAAAUCUGUAUAAAAUAUGUAUAGCAUAUAUAACCCAUAUUCAUACAUGUUUCAGAAGUUUGUCUUUUAACUAUCAGUGGUAUCUUAAAUUUCUUUGAUUUUUUAAAAUUUUGUUUUUCCUUUUUUUUCAAAAAAAAAAAAAAGCAAAGCUCCUGGGAGUUUCUUUAGCACAUAUGACAAAUGUUGCACUUGUGAACUUGGAUGAUAAACUGUUUCUUGUGACAAUUUUGUUGUCCUAGUAAGGAGCAAAUGGCUGGACAUAAUCAGUCAGGAUUUUUCUCCUCCACAAGCACCAUUCAAAUGAAUGGGAAGGGUGCCAGGACACAGGUAGAGAUCUUCUGCAGUUCUCAUACAUCUUACAGGGCUUUUGCACAGGAGAAUUUCCUGAUGGGUUGUGCCCUCUGUGUCUCUUACAGUCAGGUCUUUACCUUAAUUCUGCAACUGAAUACUUGAAGUAGGAAAUAAACUAGGAAAACAUAGGGUCCUUAUAAGCAAAACUGUAUAGCUAGAUAUUUAUAUAUAUAUGUGCCAAUUUUGUCACAGAUAUUAUUUUGGGAGCAUUUUUUUUGCUCCACUCAUGUUGGUAAGAGUAUUGAUCCUAACUUUUAUGAAGGCUAAAGACUUCGCCUCUGUAGAAGAAAAUUUUGUCUAACAUUGCUCUUUCUUGUCUUUAUUUAUUAAUUUAUUUUGUCAUUUCCCAUGGUAUUCUAUGAAGCUUGGGGGAAAAAAUCUUUUCAUACACUAAAAUAGAAUCUCUGGGUUUACAAUAAACACUGUGAUAUUGGGGAAAACACACAUUUUAUUCGAGCAAUGUUUGGUCGUUUUCUUCCCCCCUCACAAUGUUAAAAAAAAUCCAACAAACCUUUGGUUAACAUUUAAGAUGAAUAUGAUUUUACUGUGGGAUCAAGCUUGUACUGCACAUUCUUUCAUUUAAAUGUACAGGAUGAAUUUUGUAUUUAAAUGAAUUUUGUGUAUCCAGUAUGCACGUAAUUGCACAUUGACUUUCAUUUGAAAGUGGGUUUUGAUUUCCUUUUUAAACAGUGUUUAUGAGAAGACUUCAGAUGUGUCACAAACUUAGACUUGCAUUUUUCUUUGGUGUAGAGUGAUUGUUUGAAUGUGAUGUUCUGCAACAAGGGGUCCGUAUUCCUAUUUAUCUUUGACCCUCAUUUGAUAGUGCUUCUUGUAAUAAUUUUCUUCAAGUGAGUGGCAUGUUCUGGAUUGUGAUCUUGACAUGUGAUUAAGGACAUUGAUAUGAAACUACGGAAUCCUUAGAAAUUCCCAGUGGGCAUGUUUUAGAACAGUCAUUGUAAUUUUUAAUGUCUUGUAGAAGUGUAACGUAUUGAGGUAUUUAGAAUUCAUAACAUUGUUAUCAUUGUAUGAGAAGUGCUUGGUGUUGAACAGCUUGUUUGUAUUCAUCAAAUAAAUCUGAUUUCUUUCUGAAA